GGAAGUGCAAGGAGAGAAAUCCUCUUUUGCCUACUCCGUGCACGUGACUCUCAUCUCUGGGGAGGGGGUUAGUGUAGGGUGGGUCUGGAGAGCUGGGCUACAUCAUUCCUGCCUCUGCACCCCUCCCUUUCUCUGUCCUUUGGGAGGCAGAAGACAGGAAAUGACUGCCAUGGAUGUGGUAUAAUUUUUAACCAAAACAGCAUUUCGUAGCCCAGGCCCCAUGCUGUCUACAGCUGUUUUGCUCUCUGAUACCAGCCAGGUGGCCCCCUCCCUCGUGUUCCCCUCCUCAUCCCUUCACAUGACUUCAGCCUUUGGAGACUCAGCUCCUGGCUGCUUUCCCCAUUCCAGGCCCUUUUCAGAACCCAGGCAUCCUGGCCUCCAGCUGAAACCACUGCAUGUGGCCUCCCUCAUCCCUGGCCCUGUGACUCAGGCGCUCUGAAGGGACCAGCCCUCUUGGCAUUGACCAGGAAAGGGGGGCAGGGAGAGGGGGGCUAGGUGGUGACAUCACAGAUGAAGGGUAUAAAAGCUUCAAUCCAAGACAGAAUUGAAAUCGAAGACACGAAACCUGACUUCGCAGCCUGUGCUCUUGGGGACCCCAGGGCCUGAUCCCUUCAGACGUCUGGUCGUAGAUUCCCAUUGCAUCAAGGCCUGCGCACUGACUCCAUGCUGGGCUCUCCCUGCCUUCUGUGGCUCCUGGCUGUCACCUUCUCCUUGGUUCUCAGAGCACAGCCUUUGGACCCUGAAUACUCUGAAGAAGAGAAGGAAGAUGAGACACCGUGGUCACCUUUACCGGCCGUCUUCUGUGACUACGACCGCUGCCGCCACCUGCAGGUGCCCUGCAAAGAGCUUCAGGAGGCCAGCCCGAGGGCCUGCCUGUGUCCCGGCCUCUCCAGCCCUGGGCAGCCGCCAGCCCCGCCACGCCUGGGAGAAGUGCACGUGGUGGCCGAGGUCGGCAGUGCGGUGGUGCACUGGUGUGCCCCCUCGUCCCCAGUCCACCAGUACUGGCUGCUGCUUUGGGAAGGCAGCGGGGCUCCCCAGAAGGGGCCCCCCCUCAACUCUACUGUCCGCCGAGCAGAACUGAAGGGAUUGAAGCCUGGGAGCGCUUAUGUUGUUUGUGUGGUAGCCGCCAACGCCGCGGGAGAAAGCAACGUGACCGCGGUGGGUGGCGCGCGGGGCGAGGGCCCUGAGGGCGCGGGCGGCCCUGCCUUCGGGCCGUGCGGCCGGUUGGCCAUGCCCCCGCGACCCCUCAGCCUGGUCCACGCGGCCGUAGGGGUGAGCACGGCGCUGGCCCUGCUGAGCUGCGGCGCCCUGGUCUGGCACUUCUGCCUGCGCCAGCGCUGCGGCUGUCCCCGCCGCGCCCGGCCCACCGCGGGCCUCUGAAGCAGCCUGCGGUCACCUCGGCCUCGCAGAGCCCCAACCUAGCGAGCUCAGCCUGGGCUCAGGGAGCAAGUGCGGGCCGCUGAUGACCCGCACAGCCCAGGCCCCGCUGAGCCUCUGCACUCCGCCUAAGAGCUCUUGCAGGUCCCAGACUGUCCCCUCUGCUCCUGGCUGAGGUUGGGAAGUAGAGGGUUGGCGAAGUUUUCCUUAAAGGACCAGAUAGUAAAUCAUUUCAGCUUUGCAGAUCCAGAGGAUUAAAGUGAAGAUAUUGUAUAGGUACUUUUAUAACUACAUAACCAUUUAUAAAAACGUAUAAACCAUUCUUAGCUCAUGGGCCUUACAAAUCAGGCCUGGGGCCAGAUUUGGCUGGCUGGUUGGCUAUAAUUAGCAACCCCUGCCAAACACCCAGUGAAGGGCUAUGCCACAAUGGGCGCUUCAGUAGGGUUUUGAGAAUAAGCUGCUGCAGGAUGGGAGUUUGAGGCCAGAGACGACUACUCCUGCCUUUUGUUUAGAUAUUGAGGAUGGGUACACCUGCCUCAGAAUCCACCUGUGUGAGGCGGGUGGGAAUAAAUGAUUGACAUGGGGUGGAGAAAAGAACACACCAUCCAAGCUGCUGUCUGGGACAAGCUUGUAGUUUUUCAAGUUAAUUAUAAUAAUACAAUAAUUCCAAGGGAUUUUCUCCUCCCUCUAAUGUGUUUAUUGUGUAUUCACUGAAACAACAUUAAAAGAAACAUAAAAAGACA